AAUUAACAUUGUAAUAUUCAUUACAAAUUUGUACAAUUAACCAAAUUAAAACUAAAAUCUGAUCAUUCGUUUGCUCGAAUGUGUUUCUAUUUGUAAUGUUUCUUAUUGUAUUUAUCGCAAUGAUGUCCAUCUCUAAAGCAAUCGUUUAAAGCCAAACCAUAACGACUUUGAAAGUCAGUGAAGAGGCAACAGGUAAACAAAGUUUAAACAAUAAUACACAAAAAAUGGCGUUGUUUAUUCGCCUGGCGCGACGCACUUACGCGACUAAGCUGACUGAACACCAGGCUGCGUUGAUGGCACGCAGCUUGCCAAAGCGCGAAGCGAUUCCCGGCGUGCAACACAUUAUUGUGGUGGCCUCCGGCAAAGGUGGCGUCGGCAAGAGCACUGUGGCCGCAAAUUUUGCUUGCAGCUUGGCCAAGUUGGGUGCCAGAGUGGGACUGCUGGAUGGUGAUAUCUUUGGUCCCAGUAUUCCUCUGUUGAUGAAUGUGCAUAGUGAGCCGCUUAUCAAUGAUAACAAUCUGAUUAUACCGCCGCAGAACUACAAUGUCAAGUGCCUGUCCAUGGGCAUGUUGACACCUACGGAUGGUGCCAUUAUCUGGAGAGGACCUCUUGUCAUGUCUGCCAUACAGCGGCUGCUCAAAGGCGCCGUUUGGAGUCCCCUGGAUGUGUUGGUCGUGGAUACCCCACCGGGAACUGGCGAUGUGCAUCUAUCGCUGACCCAACACGCCCCAAUUACUGGUGUCGUACUGGUGACCACGCCCCAUAAAGCAGCUGUUGAUGUAACGAUCCGUGGCGCUGAAAUGUAUCACAAACUCAAAGUGCCUAUUCUUGGCUUGGUGGAGAAUAUGCGUUACUCCAUCUGUGACAGUUGCAAGGAGCGUACAGAGUUCUUUAAGGGACCAACAGAUCUAUCAACCAAAUUGCCACCCACAACAAUCUCAUUGCCAUUGGAAGCGCACAUUGCCGAGUGUGGCGAAUCUGGAGUUCCUGUAGUUAUUAAACAUCCCAACUCGGAAUAUGCGAAGCUUUUCAGUCAACUAGCUAGUCACAUUUGGGGUGUUCUAGAAAAACAGAGUGAAGCAAACAAUGAUGCGCAGUCAAAGUAGUCAAUUACAGUUGCAUUUGCAUAAGUUAUCCCUAAUAAAAUUAAGCAAUGGUUUUAUAGAUAAGAAUAAAAACUAUCAAUGUUAUUUUGUGUUAAGUUGUUAUAAUU